GGCGCUUUGCUUCGAUAUCGUAGUUCAUCUAGUAGUUCAUCUAGUAGUUAUCGUUACUAUAACUUCGAAUUCUCGGGUUAACUCUUGAGUACUCGGCUUCCGUCGAGACUGGAGGUUGUUGGCCUUAGGAGCAGCUCAAACAGAUGAAUACGGGAAAUAUGUGGGGAGUGGACCAGGGACUUUCUUCGAUCGACGUCUUUCAAAUUACACCAGACCCACCAAGCUCUGUGUUGAAGUCCGCUCGAGAUGUGUUGUCAUUUCAAGGCCGAGUCGAAUGUUAUAUUGGCGUCUCUCUAAAAUAAUAAUCUCUAGACGGCUUCGCUGGAUCUUGCCGCUGAGCAUACGGACCCAUUCAACAUUUCAUCUUGGUAUCCAUUCAUUACAUGCCUCUUUUCACACUCGUUUAUUUAUCUUUUUGAAUUCAUCUUGAAGCCACUUAUGGCCUCACCGCAGAUUUUACUCCAUGCUUCUUCACCUCUGGAUCGUCUUGCUGGAAACUAUGUCGAACUCGACGAUUUGAAGGAAGAGCGAAGCUCGACAUGGUCGGCCAAAGGCGAUGGUCCAAAAGCCAUGUCCAAAGAAGAAAUAGCCAUCAAGCGUCUUUCGCGGCUCGAGAUUCAGGAUGAGGGCAGCAGAAAUUGGUGGAUAAUCGAAUCAAUAGCCUGGCUGGUCAGCGCCAUAGCAGUAGCCGUAAUCGUUUUGACUGUGGCUAUGACGGACGGUAAACCGUUGCCGACUUGGCCGAUGAACGUCACGCUCAAUUCUUUUAUCUCAUUCAUGACGACACUAAUGAAAGCCGCCGCCGUGGUUCCCGUUGCCGAGUGUAUUAGCCAGCUUAAGUGGCUAUGGCUUCGCGAGGCUGUCGCCGUUCGCGACAUCCAGACCUUCGACGAGGCCAGCCGCGGUACGUGGGGCAGUGUCAAGCUGCUUGUCGACACGCGUGGUAUCCAUUUGGCCAAGUUAGGUGCCCUCAUCACCAUCAUCCUACUCGCCGUGGAACCGUGUGUACAACAGGUCAUUACGUAUCAGACGGAGCCCAUUGUCCUAACAGGCUACAACUCGUCUGCUCCAGUAGCAUCGAUGUACAACGAUUACUCCUACGGCUCAAUCAUGGCCAUCAGAGAACCAACCAUGGCUAUGAAGGCUGCAAUUAACAACGGCAUGUUUGAUACUGCCGACGAACCGCAAGCAGACUUUUCGACUUCGGCAUCGUGCGCAACCGGCAACUGCAGUUGGCCAUUUACAUAUCACUCUCUGGCUGUGUGUAGCAAGUGCGCGAACACGACGGCGCUCAUCACCUCGAACUGUGGCGAACAAUUUGGCACACUUCCGGCCACAUGCAACUAUUCGCUGCCGAACGGCAUGUCCUUCGACGGUCGAACACGAGGAAAUAUGUAUAUGAACGCAUCCGGGAGCUACGACUCGCUUGCCUACAAUAAUACGCAGUCAACAUUUGCGACAUUAUCCAGCAUACGUGGUCUACAUGACCUUUCCUCGACCAAUUUGUUGGGCGUGGUCUCCAAUGAGUGUGUCUUGUACUUUUGUGUGAACGAAUACCAAGGCAACGUCACCAAUGGUAUCUUUACUGAGACCAUCGUGUCCAGCUAUACUGGCGAUGAAACCCCAGGGGUGGACCAGAACAUCACAAUAACAGUCUCCGGUACUGAAACGCAGUUUUGGGUUGGAUUUCAUGCAUGGUAUGCUAUAUGGAUGCACUUACAGGACUUUUGGACGGGGAGUGUAAGUGGGUCGACUGGGCGUAUGUCAAGUACAAAUGAUGUCCUCAGGGCACUUUACACGUUCGGCGAAGAUGGCUCCGGAUCUGGAACCCAGAAAGUGGGCGGGGAAAACAAUACUGUCGCGGCCGUUGCGGCUGCCAUGACGAAGGCCUUGCGCACGAACGGUAUUCCGGCCAGUAUUUCCGAGUGGACUGGAAACAUAACAGAUACUACCAGCGACCGCUUCGCUCUUGGUACGGCGUGGACUGGCGACACGUUUGUGCACGUGCGGUGGUUAUGGCUGAUCCUACCCAUGGCUUUAGAAGUUCUGACGCUGAUGUUUCUCGUUGGUACUAUUAUUCAGAGUAAUCAUAGCGGUUUGCCAGGAUGGAAGAGCUCGACAUUACCUCUUAUCCAAGGCAAGGUCAGUGAGCUACAACAAGCUGUGGCGGCCAAACGACACCAGAAGGGGGUAGACGACGCAGUAAGUUGAUGAGAAUGCCAUAUCUAUUCUAGCACAUGCUAUAUGAGAACACUUUACCCGCGUCACUCGACUGAGUUUGUUCUUACGUUGGGUGACAUGCCAUAACAGAUCUCCGAACGCGAUUCAUAGCGUCGAAAUCACGACUCCUUUUUGAUUAUCUUUUUUUUCUUUCCUACUUUUAUGCAAUCCUUUUCUUUCUUGUUCUGUGUUCCUCCACAAAAAUGCUAAGAACCAUUCGCCAAGCAUGGUAAUCGUCGAGGUGGUAUUUUUGUG